GACCCCUGACCUCACUGUGUCUUUUUUCCUUUUCAUGACCCCCUCUCCCCCAUCCCUCUCCACUGUUACCACCUCUCUCCUGGCUGUACGUUACCGUGGCGACCAGGGCUACGUGGGAGACGCCUGGAACGUCUUUGACGCUCUGGUGGUGAUCGGGAGUGUAGUCGAUAUCGUCCUCAGUCAGCACUAUUUCGCUGAUGCAUGGAACACGUUUGACGCAUUAAUUGUUGUGGGUAGCGUGGUCGAUAUUGCCAUCACUGAGAUCAAUUCGGCAGCCCUUCCUGUCGUCAAGGUGAUAGUGGAACCAGGGAACCAGGACAGCGCACGCAUCUCCAUCACCUUCUUCCGCCUGUUCCGGGUGAUGCGGUUGGUCAAGCUGCUGAGCAGGGGGGAGGGGAUCAGAACCCUGCUGUGGACCUUCAUCAAGUCGUUUCAGGCUCUUCCCUACGUUGCCCUUCUGAUCGCCAUGCUCUUCUUCAUCUAUGCAGUCAUCGGAAUGCAGGUGUUUGGGAAAAUAGCAAUGGUGGACGGAACACAUAUCAACCGCAACAACAACUUCCAGACGUUUCCACAGGCUGUCCUGAUGCUCUUCAGGUGUGCGACAGGUGAAGCAUGGCAGGAGAUAAUGCUGGCCUGUAUGCCGAGCGAAAAUUGUGACUCUGAGUCUGGGGAGAAGAGCUGUGGCAGCGGCUUCGCCAUCAUCUACUUCAUCAGCUUCUACAUGCUCUGCGCCUUCCUGAUCAUUAACCUGUUUGUGGCCGUCAUCAUGGACAACUUUGACUACCUUACUCGGGAUUGGUCCAUUCUGGGGCCACAUCACCUGGAUGAGUUCAAGAGGAUCUGGUCCGAAUACGACCCUGAAGCCAAGGGUCGGAUCAAACAUCUGGACGUGGUGACCCUGCUGAGGAGGAUCCAGCCUCCCCUGGGCUUUGGGAAGCUCUGUCCCCACCGGGUGGCGUGCAAGCGUCUGGUGGCGAUGAACAUGCCUCUGAACAGCGACGGCACGGUGAUGUUCAACGCCACGCUGUUCGCCCUGGUCCGGACCGCGCUGAAGAUCAAGACUGAGGGUAACCUGGACCUGGCCAACGAGGAGCUGAGGGCGGUCAUCAAGAAGAUCUGGAAGAGGACCAGCAUGAAGCUUCUGGACCAAGUGGUUCCAGCCGCAGGCGAUGACGAGAUAACGGUGGGGAAGUUCUACGCCACCUUCCUGAUCCAGGACUACUUCAGGAAGUUCAAGCGACGCAAGGAGCAAGGCCUGGUGGGGAGGCACCCCUGGGAUGGACUCAACACCACCAUGGCACUGCAGGCCGGUCUGCGGACGCUGCACGACAUCGGACCGGAGAUUCGGCGCGCCAUAUCAUGUGACCUGCAGGAGGAGGGGCUGGUGGAGGCCAAUGGAGAGGAGGAGGAGGAGAUCUACAGGCGUAACGGCGGUCUCUUCGGCAACCACGUCUGCCACGCCAACGGGGACCAGCGGGGCUCCGCCCAUCUGUCCAACGUCACCCAGCGGCCGCUGCAGGUGCUCCCGUCCCUCCCCAACGCCACGGGGGCCGGCGACGACGACAGGGGAUGGGCGGGAGGGGCCGAGGCCGCCGCCACCGCCACUGCCGCCGCCUCCUCCCCGCUUCAGCACAACCAUCGCCAGGGCCCCGCCCACCUCCGGGAACACCCCGGCUGUGACGCCGCCAAGAGGCACCAGUCGCCCGUGUGCUCCAACGCCAACCUCAACAACGCCAACGUGCCCUCCGUGCCGCCCCUGGCCAACGGGACCAGACCCUCGUCUCGCCGGGAUCCCAACGGGGGCGUGCCGGCGUCGUCUAGCGCGGCCGGCCGGCACGCGGGAGAGCCGGCCGGCCGCAGGAAGUGGAACUCCAGCAGGACUGCUCCGUCUCCUGCUGCACGUAGGAGCAGGACGCGCUACUACGAGGCCUAUGUCAGGUCGGAGGCAGGGGGCGGCGCCUACCCCGCUAUUCGCCGAGAGGAGCCGGGGGGCGGGACCAGUGAUGAGGACUGGGGCUCGGGGGAGUACUACAGUGGGGAGGAGUUCAACGAAGACGACAUCAUGUUCACAAGAGACAGGUUGUCUCACAUGGACUACCAUGACGCCGAGGGGGACCAGGACCCCGAAGCCCCCGGGGGUUACUAUGACGACGACCAACAGCCCAUCUUCCAAGAUGGUUGUCGGUCACCCAAGAGGCGGUUUCUUUCCUCGCCGCAACCGUCCGGCAGGUCCACCUUCAGCUUUGAGUGUCUGCGUCGCCAGGGCAGCGACGAGGACCCGCCCCCUCUCUCGCCCUCCUGCACGGCUCUGCCCCUGCACCUCAUGCAGCAGCAGGUUAUGGCUGUAGCCGGCUUUGACACCCGAAGAUUACGACGUCUGUCUCCGACACAGUCGCUACGCUCCUGGGCCACUCCCCCGGCCUCGCCGAUUGGUCGAGACGGCUCGCCCAGCUACACACCCCUCAUCCAGGUGGACUGGCGCAGCCCGGGCAGCAUCGGCAGCAUCCCGGGGUCUCUGCGGAGGUCCUCCUGGUACACAGACGCCCGGGACGGACCCCCCAGCCGGGCCUACUCCCCCUCCCUACUCAGGCUGCCCACCGAGAGCCACGCCCACUUCAUGCAGAAGAGAGGAAGUGCCAACAGUCUGGUGGAGGCGGUGCUGAUCUCGGAGGGGCUGGGCCGCUACGCCCGGGACCCCAAGUUCGUGACGGCCGCCAAGCACGAGAUCGCCGACGCCUGUGCCAUGACCAUCGACGAGAUGGAGAGCGCCGCCUGCCACCUGCUGAACGGCACUAUGGGUAACGACGGCGGCGGCGGUGGCGGUGGGGCGGCGGCGGUGGGGAACGGCGGUACGGACUCGCUCUCCGAAGCGCGGCUCAGGGAGCUAAGUCUCCGUGACUACAGCGACGAGGAGCCGGAGGCGUGCCGGAGUGAGGAGGACCUGACUGACGAGAUGAUAUGCAUCACCACGCUAUAGCCGCCUCCCUCCCCCCCCCCCCCCCCCCCCGAAGGAGACUAUUUAUUCAGCCCUUUAUUUAUUGAUUAUUUAAUUCUAAUGUUUUUUUUGUUUUUGUUUUUAUAUAUGUAUGGAAUCUUACCUUUUAUCUCCCUUUUAGUUUGAUUAAUUGUCUUCUUUCUGUUCGACAAACUGAACCGCGGAGAAAACGGACAAGCUCACAAAAAGUGCCUUGCCUCCUUCCCCCCCCCGGCCCCCCCCCGGCCCCCCCCGCCUCCCCCGCCUCCCCCGCCUCCCCCCUUACCGACACCCUUUUACAAGCGGAGGAGGAAAACAUUUUUCUCAGCAGCACAGAGGCAGAGAUGGAGCGAGGGGUUGAAGGAUGGAUCGAGGGAGGAUGAAGAAACGGAGGGAAGGGAAAACACGUCCUCCGAAAACGUACUACAUUCCUGCUCGCCACUUGAACGCACCGCGAAAGAAUGAUUGUUAGCUUUGUGGUGUUUCAUUGAUUAAAUCGACUUCAUCAACCAGA